UCAUUCAGUUUGGAGAAGGGGCCAGUACUUGCUUUGAGCUGACCUGUGUUCCUUUGUUCGUCACGUCAUAUCCCUGCCCCGACAAAAUCUGGAGACCAGUGGCUCGUCGGAUCCACUGCUUGACGUCCAGCCUCUGCAGAGCGACAAGGAACGUGCUUCUCCCUGCCCGGCUCCUGCGAUGUCUCUGAUCUGCAGCCAGACAGCUUGUGCAGAGAAGGGCGCGGAGACGCUCUUUGUGCCGCACACGUCUGCUGCAGGACGGUGCCGGAGUCGCGCCAGGCCGAAUCAGCGCCGGCUGGUGGCCGACAAAGAGAGGGAGACAGCUCCACCUUCACUGCUGCUUGGGCGUCGCAGGGACCAGCCCUCCCAGACAUCCACUCUGCACAAUCCCAGCCUGCAGAGCAUCUUCUGCAUUCUGGCGGCCGGAGGGAGAGGGAAAGGCCAGCCAGCCCCGGUUUCCCCUCUGCCAGGGGAGACCUUCCCUUCCCUGGCCUGCCUGCUUGCAUCCAUGUCCCCUGGACCCAAUGAAGCAGACCCAGGCGUGCCCCACAUGGACCCGGCCAUCCUCAUCUUCCUCCUUUAUCUGAUGAUCCUCCACGAGUUGGUGAGCGGCUGGAUGGAGUAUCAGAAGCAGGCGACCAAGCCCAAGAAGCCACCGGGGCCCCUCUGGUCAUCCAGAACCUCCUCCCGGAUGAAGCACUCCGGUUUCCCCCAGCCACUGGCUCACCCAGCACGGAGAGAGCGGUACCGAGACUGGAGGAAGCCAGGCCGGAUCCUCAGGAAGGUGUAAAGGCCUCUCUGGAGCCCGGGAGAAGAGUCGGCAAAGGGGUUAGCCACGAGGAAUGCUGCACCUCAAGGUCCGUACUGAUGGCGGCCACAGAUCGACACAGGAAGCUGCCUUCUACUGAGUCAGACCCUCGGUCCAUCUAGCUCAGGAUUGCCUACACUGACUGGCAGCAGCUCUCCAAGGUUCCAGGCAUCUCAGCCUUACCUGGAGAUGCUGCUGAAGAUUGAACCUCGCUGGGGACCUUCUGCAUGCAGAGCAUCCCGUUGCCUUUGGACACCUUCCUGGAGAUGCAUCUCAGCCUCUUCUUCCCGUGGCUGGAGGUGUGUUCGACGGCUCUCAGCCAGUCAUAUCUCGGAGAGGAAACAGGUAUAGAGGACUGUGAAUUGCCGAAGAGCAGAAGUGGUCCUGGACUACCAGAAGCAGAAGCAAGGGACAUGGAUUUCUGCCACUCUGCAAAGAAUAUUCUGAGAUGUCCAUGAAUGGGUUAGGGUUCUCCAGGUCCGGCACAGGGCAGAAACCAAACUGUACUAACGCACGCUGAGAGUCACGCAUCAGUUGGGCCUCAUUGCUUCCCAGUUCAAGGGCACAUAGGAACACAGGAAUCUGCCGUAUACUGAGUCAGACCCUUGGUCCGUCUAGCUCAGCAUUGUCUUCACAGACUGGCAGCGGCUUCUCCAAGGUUGCAGGCAGGAGUCUCUCUCAGCCCCUAUCUUGGAGAUGCUGCCAGGGAGGGAAGUGGGAACUGAGAUAGCUGGAAACGAGAGUCCAGCAGCGUUGUGGGGGCCAAGUUUGAGAACCCCUGCGUUAGUCUGAGGCUGUGGUAGGAAGGGGUGAAGGUGAGAGCUGGGAUGACAUUGAGCCUGACAUGACAUGUGAUAUAAAUUCCACAUUUGCGGGGAGGAAAUCAAAGGCGAGUGCAUGAUUUCACCCUGAUCUGGACUGGGGCUGUGUGGCCCGGGGACAGAGUAAGGGGCUUCUUAACAUUUCUCCCUGCCAUGCUCCCGAUCCAACCCUGCGCGUGCCGUUUCCCUUGGGGAACAAAGCCUCCUCGAGGCAACGUCGAAGGACCUUGUGCUAUCUUCAGAACUGAUACGGUUGCAGCAGAAACCUGUGUGCUUUCUGCCCACGUGGCCUUCACCCAAAGAAAACCCGCCUGCAUGAUGAAGUCCCCUUCAGGGGCUGAUCUGCAGGUGACGCUGCCUUGGCAGUUGAGGCGGGGAAACUCGCCUGUCCCCUGCACUUAUGUCUUUUUGGUACCCUCUUUUUAAAUUCCCCCAUGUGUUUAAGAGUAGUGGCUAGGUUGGAUCUGAUUCCCUCCUGGAAUGUUACGCUUUCACCACUUUUACCAAAGUCUGUGUGGUCGGAGACUGAAGCUGGCUGCCUCCACGCCGGGAAGGGAGAACAUUCCACAUGAUCUGGAGAAGCAACAUUUGUCGUGCAAACUCCAGAGGGCCAAGGCUGGAGACAUCCCUCUGUCGUCAUUUAAUUUCUGUUACGUGUUAAGGAAUAAAACAACUCUUUUCAUAUUAAAAAGUGUUCUGUUUUCUGUGAACAUAGCCGCCAACAUCGGAACGCUGCGCUUGUGCAAGGAUAUUGCAUGGGUGCAGGGCCUGGUGUGCUAGCCAGGAGAGGAGAGGGGGUCUUGUGGUCACAAGCAUGACUUGUCCCCUUAGCUAAGCAGGGUCCACCCUGGUUGCAUAUGAAUGGGAGACUAGAAGUGUGAGCAAAGUAAGAGAUUCCCCUCAGGGGAUGGAGCCGCUCUGGGAAGAGCAUCUAGGUUCCAAGUUCCCUCCCUGGCAACAUCUCCAAGAUAAGGCU